GCAGCUCCAAGAGGAGGCAGGUGAAGCCUUUGGCCGCUUCUCUGCUAGAAGCUCUCGAUUAUGAUAGUUCAGAUGACAGUGAUUUUAAAGUUGGAGAUGCUUCAGAUUCUGAAGGGAGUGGUAAUGGAAGUGAAGAUCCAUCAAAGGACAGUGGAGAAGGCUCCUGUAGUGAUUCUGAAGAAAAUAUUUUAGAGGAAGAACUGAAUGAGGAUAUUAAAGUAAAAGAAGAACAAGUUAAAAAUUCUGUGGAGGAAGAAAUACUGUCGUCAGAAAAACAAUUAAUUAAAAUGGAAAAGAAGGAGGAAGACGAGAAUGGAGAAAGACCUAGAAAGAAGAAGGAAAAAGAGAAGGAGAAAGAAAAGGAAAAAGAGAAGGAGAAAGAAAAAGACAAAGAGAGAGAAAAAGAAAAACCAACAGUAUCUGAUAAUGUGGCAGCUUCUGCUGCUGCCACUACACCUGCCAUGAGUCCUCAUGCUGUUAAUGCAUCCCCUUCUGUCCCCAGUACGACACAUACUACAGAGGAGCAAGUUAGUGAGCCAAAAAAGUGGAACCUUCGUCGAAACCGACCACUGUUGGAUUUUGUAUCCAUGGAAGAACUGAAUGACAUGGAUGACUAUGACAGUGAGGAUGACAAUGACUGGCGACCUACUGUAGUAAAGAGAAAGGGAAGAUCUGCAUCACAGAAAGAGGGAAGUGAUGGUGACAAUGAUGAUGAUGAAGAUGAGGGAAGUGGGAGUGAUGAGGAUGAGAAUGAUGAAGGCAAUGAUGAAGAUCAUAGCAGCCCUGCUAGUGAAGGGGUUUGCAAGAAGAAGAAGAGUAAAGUUCUUAGCAGAAACAGUGCUGAUGAUGAAGAACUGACCAAUGAUAGCCUGACACUUUCUCAAAGCAAGAGUAAUGAGGACUCGCUGAUUCUUGAGAAGAGUCAAAACUGGAGUUCUCAAAAAAUGGACCAUAUUCUGAUUUGCUGUGUUUGUCUUGGAGAUAAUAGUGAGGAUGCUGAUGAAAUAAUUCAGUGUGACAAUUGUGGCAUUACGGUCCAUGAAGGUUGCUAUGGAGUUGAUGGAGAGAGUGACUCUAUUAUGAGUUCAGCUUCUGAAAACUCCACUGAACCUUGGUUUUGUGAUGCCUGUAAAUGUGGUGUUUCCCCUAGUUGCGAACUAUGCCCCAAUCAGGAUGGAAUUUUCAAGGAGACAGAUGCUGGAAGAUGGGUUCACAUUGUUUGUGCCCUGUAUGUUCCUGGAGUAGCCUUUGGAGAUAUUGACAAAUUACGUCCAGUGACACUGACAGAAAUGAAUUAUUCCAAAUACGGUGCCAAGGAGUGUAGCUUUUGUGAAGACCCUCGUUUUGCUAGAACUGGAGUUUGCAUUAGCUGUGAUGCAGGGAUGUGCAGAGCCUAUUUUCAUGUGACCUGUGCCCAGAAGGAAGGUCUGCUUUCAGAAGCAGCAGCAGAAGAGGAUAUAGCAGAUCCAUUUUUUGCUUAUUGUAAGCAACAUGCAGAUAGGUUAGACAGAAAAUGGAAGAGGAAAAAUUACUUGGCUCUGCAAUCCUAUUGUAAAAUGUCUUUGCAAGAGAGAGAGAAACAACUAUCACCAGAAGCACAGGCGAGGAUUAAUGCCCGGCUUCAACAAUAUCGUGCCAAAGCAGAGCUAGCUCGAUCUACUAGGCCACAGGCCUGGGUUCCAAGGGAAAAACUGCCCAGACCACUCACUAGUAGUGCUUCAGCCAUUCGUAAGCUGAUGCGGAAAGCAGAGCUAAUGGGUAUCAGUACAGAUAUCUUCCCAGUGGACAAUUCAGAUACUAGUUCUAGUGUGGAUGGAAGGAGAAAGCAUAAGCAACCAGCUCUCACUGCUGAUUUUGUGAAUUAUUAUUUUGAGCGAAACAUGCGCAUGAUUCAAAUUCAGGAAAAUAUGGCUGAACAAAAGAAUAUAAAGGAUAAAUUAGAGAAUGAACAAGAAAAACUUCACGUGGAAUAUAACAAGCUAUGUGAGUCUUUAGAAGAACUACAGAAUCUGAAUGGAAAACUUCGAAGUGAAGGGCAAGGAAUAUGGGCCUUGCUAGGCAGAAUCACAGGGCAGAAGUUGAACAUACCGGCAAUUUUGCGAGCACCAAAAGAAAGAAAGCCGAGUAAAAAAGAGGGAGGCACACAAAAGACAUCUACUCUUCCAGCAGUACUUUACAGUUGUGGAAUUUGUAAGAAGAACCAUGAUCAGCAUCUUCUUUUGUUAUGUGAUACCUGCAAACUCCAUUACCAUCUUGGAUGUCUGGACCCCCCUUUAACACGGAUGCCAAGAAAGACCAAAAACAGCUAUUGGCAAUGCUCAGAAUGUGAUCAGGCAGGGAGCAGUGACAUGGAAGCAGACAUGGCCAUGGAAACCUUACCAGAUGGGACCAAACGAUCAAGGAGACAAAUUAAGGAACCAGUGAAAUUUGUUCCACAGGAUGUGCCACCAGAACCCAAGAAGAUUCCAAUAAGAAACACGAGAACCAGAGGACGAAAACGAAGCUUCGUUCCUGAAGAAGAGAAACAUGAGGAAAGAGUUCCUAGAGAAAGGCGACAAAGGCAGUCGGUAUUACAAAAGAAGCCCAAGGCUGAGGAUUUAAGAACUGAGUGUGCAACUUGCAAGGGAACUGGAGACAAUGAAAAUCUUGUCAGAUACCCUUCAUGAGACCCAACUCUGCCACAGCUCAUCCUCGGAGGCAAUCCCGGAAACCUCUUUUAUAAGUGUGAUUUAAAAAUGUGGAUAAAACUCUCAAUAGAGUCCAUAAAGUAAAGGAGAACAGCUAUCUUGUCCUUUCCAUAAGCUUAUCACUGCAAAAAGUUUCAUUUGCUUGUCAGGUUUGGAUAGAAUAUAAUUGAUUGAUUUGCUACUUGGACUGACAAGGCAGUUAAUUUGCCUGUGGAUUUUUUUUUUUUUUUUCUAUUUCAUUUUUUCUUAUUUGCACUAAUCAGAAACAUUUGAUAUGUGCAUUGUUGAAAAAUACUGGAUAAAUGUCUCAUCAGAGUUAUCUGAUUACAUAAUGUUUUUUCCCCUGCUUUUCUGGCGAAUGAUGAUACACAGUAUUUGGACUUAUGAAGAGUUAUGGAAGCCUAUGGGACUUAAAUGCAAUAUACUACUCCCUUUUGUUGUUGAACAAUACCAGUAACAAACAAGGAAUGCUUCCCAUUAGUCUACUAUUCUGUUUCAUCCAACUUACUAGAUAUAUUUAUAUAUGCAAUGCUGCCUUGUGAAACAAUUAUAGUCUCAUAGUAAAUGUAUUCGUAUUUAUAAUAUUCAACAAAAGUGAACAUAAAAGUGAAAGACUUGUGAAACUGUGACAUUCUACAUUUGACUCAUCAGUCCUAGUGUGAAAGCACUAAUAUUAGCGUGAGAUUUUUUUUUAAUUUCAAAUUUUAAGUCCAUGAAUAAGAGUAUAUCUGUGUUGAUCUCUAAAUAGUAAUCCCCAAAUUUAUUCAGCCUUUACUGUUUUAUUAUGAACUUACUAUGUUCAAUAUAAUUUCAGUUUUUCAACCUUAUAUAUGAAAUUAUGAAAUAAGGAGGGAGAUACAAAGCUUAUUGACUAUACAACCUACCAGCUGAAAGAUCUUCAUCAACAUCUGUAUCUUUCCAGAGGUUUACAGAAUUAAAAUUUGAUCUUCAAGCUUUAAUGAUCCAGUUUUAACUCAACGACAGAAAUAUGUUGAAUAUUCCAUCACUCCAUCUUGAACUGAUUUAGAAGAGACUCCACUGAAAUUGAAAUGCACAUAUACAUGUAAAUUGUCAACGUGCCUCUUGGAAUUCUCUGAUUUAUAAAUGUGAUUUUGGACAUCU